AUGGAAUUCCUAUCUUAUCUGCUGCUCCUGGUACUCGGGGCAUCGGCCGUUGUCGCUGACCCGACAGCCUUGACGAAGAUUAACGCCCACGACUUGCAGGAGCGAGGCUGUCUCUCGGAUUCCCAAUCCCGACAAAUCGUCGACACCUUCAAUUACCUCCUUGCCAACCCCAAUGCAAGCGACUUCAAUGCAACCGUCAAUGCUCUACUCGCGGACGACUAUUCCGAAUGGAGUGACUCUAUUAAUUUUAUCAUACACAUUCCACUGGGCCAACCGACCUUCACAUCGAAGGCGGAAUUCAUUUCCGGAUCCGGCUCACAGCCACCGCUGACCCUGAAGACGCUGGACAUUUUCCACGAUUGCAACCGCAUCAGCUGGCGCUGGGUCUCGGUCCAAGGGGCCGGUAACGAUGCUGACGAGGUCAAGGGCAUCAAUAACUUCUACAUCAACAAACAAGGCCAGAUCAAGACCACCUAUGUCGAGUUCAACAGCGCCGCAUGGCUCUACAACUUGGGCCAGCCCGAGUGUCAGGCCGUUUUGUCCAGAAGAAGAAAUGACAACUAA